AAGCUUAGUGUUGACAGAGCUUUAGUAGAUGCAUACAUAAUUCUGCUUGUUGCUGACCAGUAUGAUGUAGCUUGGUAUGGUGCAAAAUACCAAAAGAAACCCACUCUCUCACCAAAACCACCCAUCUUGCAAGAUAAAACUGAAAGUCCAGAUUUAUCUGAGAAUUUUAAGCGCAACUCCUCUUCUCCCCCGGACCCCCGCGCGGGGGCGCUGUUCUCCCGCCCUGCUCGUUUUCCCUUCCUGCUGAGAGCACGAUAGCUCUUUAUUGUUCCAGUGGAAAGAAGAAGAAAAAAACCCAGCUCCACGCAGCCCCGGGUUUUCCCACAUUCGCUUCGAUGGCCACCCCACGGAAACCACGUCCCACCUGAGAGGGAGCGGCGCACAGAGCGGAUUCACCGGGAGCCCCGAGCGGGAUUUACCGAGCGCGUCGGGGAAUUAAAAGAAGAAGAAGAAGAAGAAGGAGCAGGAAGAAGCUCCCGCUGACGGACAGUCUGCGGAUCGGGAGGAAAGAGGGGUCAUUCCCUGCAGACCUUACAACGGGCUUGUCGUUGUCGUCACGUGCCCAUUAAUAUCAACAUCACAGCAACCGUACGUGAACGGAGGUGCCUGCAGCUCGGGAACCCCCCCCUCCCCCCCCCCCUCUCGUCGUGCCGCCAUGGUGGAACCAGCCGGCAGGCCGUCCACAGCCGGACACAGGCUGGGCGCCCCCGACAGCUUCGGGGUCUCCACCCUGGAGCCGGGCCUGCGUCCCCCCCCCGGCCCGCCCGCCGGGCGACAGGUCUCCAUCCGCGUGCAGAUGCUGGACGACACGCAGGAAGUCUUCCAGAUAUCGCAACGUUCCCCUGGCAAGGUGCUGUUUGACCAGGUGUGUGUCCAUCUCAACCUGGCCGAGGGAGACUACUUUGGACUGGAGUACCAGGACCAGCGCAAGAUGACGGUGUGGCUGGACCUGCUGAAGCCCUCACUGAAGCAGAUCAGGCGGCCCAAAAACACCAUCCUGCGCUUCGUGGUGAAGUUCUUCCCUCCCGACCACACGCAGCUCUUGGAGGAGCUGACUCGGUAUCUGUUCGCCCUGCAGAUAAAACGCGACCUGGCCUGCGGUCGUCUCGUCUGCAACGACACGAGUGCCGCUCUGAUGGUCUCUCACAUUAUCCAGUCCGAAAUAGGAGAUUUUGAUGAGACCCAGAGCUGGCAGCAUCUCCUCCACAAUAAGUACCUGCCCGACCAGGACGCCAUCAGAGACAAGAUCACCGAUUGCCACCGCCAGCAUGUCGGGCAGACCCCCGCCGAGUCGGACUACCAGCUGCUGGAGAUCGCCCGGCGGCUGGAGAUGUACGGCGUCCGUCUGCACCCGGCCAAGGACCGAGAGGGAACGGCGCUCAGUCUGGCCGUGGCGCACAUUGGCGUGCUGGUGUUUCAGGGGCACACAAAAAUCAACGCCUUCAACUGGUCCAAGGUCCGCAAGCUCAGCUUCAAGCGCAAACGGUUCCUAAUAAAGCUGAGAGCGGAUCCCGCUCAGAGCGCCCACCACGACACGCUGGAGUUCGCCAUGGCCAGCAGGGAUUGCUGUAAGGUCUUCUGGAAGAUCUGUGUGGAGUACCACGCCUUCUUCAGGCUCUUUGAGGAGCCCAAGGCCAAACCCAAACCCAUCCUCUUCACCAGAGGCUCCUCGUUCCGGUUCAGCGGUCGAACCCAGAAGCAGGUCAUCGACUAUGUGAAAGACUCUGAGCUCAAGAAACUCCCAUUUGAAAGGAAGCACAGUAAGAUCCUGUCACACAGCGGCCUGUCACCGCAGUCUUCGUCCUUCAGAUCCCAAGUGCCAAAAGAGAGUGCCGCGUCCGUGCAGCCAGCGGACCGGCUCGACUCGGCCGGACCGGGCCUUCGAGCCGAAUGCAACGGUUCAGAGGAGGCCGGGUCGGCCCCCAGCGGCCUCCGCGACGCGGCGGGGGCAGCACCGCCCGGCUCCGACCCGAUUCCGUCCCGGCAGAACCACCACCACCACCACGCCGCCGGAUCCUCGCCGGACCCGCAGCUCCUCAACCCAGAAGGCCCCGGUUCGGAGGACUCUCCGGCGGGAGGUCCCCGCGCGGUCGUUAACGGCAACGGCUCUGUGAACGGCGUCCCGGCCCCGUGUCCCGAGGGGCACCAUCUGUCGCCCCUCACCAGCCCGCUGCUCACCGACGCCGGCUGCGUCCGCCACGACGACGAAGACGAGGCCAGGAGGAAGAAGUUUCCCACAGACAAGGCUUACUUCAUAGCCAAGGAGCUGCUGACCACGGAGCGGACCUACCUCAAAGACCUGCAGGUCAUCACCGAGUCCUUCCACAGGGUUGCGGGGAAAGACGAGGCCUUCCCAGAGUCCUCGAGGAGCCUGAUCGCCACCAGCUACGACCCGGUCCACAAGUUCCACCAGGGAUUCCUCAGGGAGGUGGAGCAGCGGCUGGCCCAGUGGGAGGGUCGCUCCAAUGCUCACAUUAAAGGAGACUACCAGCGGAUUGGUGACAUUCUCCUGAAGAACAUUCAGGGUCUGAGGCAGUUGACGGUUCAUCUUCAGAAGCAUUCAGAGUGUCUGGUCGAACUGGAGCGGGUCUGCAGGUCCAGUCGGAAAGCGGAGGCUGCGUGCCGAGACUUUGAGCAGCAGAGGGUGUGCUACCUGCCCCUCAACAUCUUCCUCCUCAGGCCCCUCCACCGCCUGCUGCACUACAAACUCCUCCUGGAGAGGCUCUGCAAGCACUACCCGCCCACCCACGAGGACUUCAGGGACUGCAGAGCGGCCCUGGCGGACAUCUCCGAGAUGGUGCUGCAGCUGCAAGGCACCAUGAUGAAGAUGGAGAACUUCCAGAAGCUUCUAGAGCUGAAGAAGGAUCUGACCGGCAUCGACAACCUCGCCAUCCCGGGGAGGGUCAGACUCUUCUCCUUUUGUUCUUCUCGUACAAGUGCCUCGCUUUCAGAAAGUCGUUCCGAGACCUGCCGCGCUCUGGCAUCGCGUGCGUCUUGGCCUUGUGUUCAUCAGACUACGUUUGUGUUUCAGGAAUUCAUUCGGCUCGGUUGCCUCAGCAAGCUCUCGGGGAAGGGCCUCCAGCAGAGGAUGUUCUUCCUGUUCAGCGAUUCCUUGGUGUACACCAGUCGAGGAAUGACCCCGUCCAACCAGUUCAAAGUCCACGGCCAGCUGCCCCUGUACGGCAUGACGAUCAGAGAAAGUGAGGAGGAGUGGGGGGUCCCUCAUUCCUUCACCUUGUUUGGACAGCGCCAGUCUGUGGUUGUGGCAGCCAGCUGUGCGGCGGAGAUGGAGCGGUGGGUGGAGGACAUCCGGAUGGCCGUGGACCUGUCGGAGCAGAGCAGCAGCACUGACCUGCUGCCCCCCGGCCUCUCUGACAACAAGCUGACGGAGGACUGCGGCGCCGAGGUGGAGUCGGAGGAGGAGCUGGGCGGCUCGCGCUCGUCUCUGGAGCGCCCGGGUCACCGCGGCAACACCACCGUGCACGUCUGCUGGCAUCGCAACACCAGCGUGUCCAUGGUGGACUUCAGUGUCGCCGUGGAGAACCAGCUGUCGGGGAACCUGCUGAGGAAGUUCAAGAACAGCAACGGCUGGCAGAAGCUGUGGGUGGUCUUCACCAACUUCAGCCUCUUCUUCUACAAGUCGCACCAGGACGACUACCCUCUGGCCAGCCUUCCCCUGCUGGGCUACUCCGUCACCGCCCCGUCCGAGUCCGAGAACAUCCACAAAGACUACGUCUUCAAGCUCCACUUCAAAUCCCACGUGUACUACUUCAGAACGGAGAGCGAGUACACCUUUGAGCGGUGGAUGGAGGUGAUCCGCAGCGCCACCUGCUCCGCCAGCCGCUCCCUGUCCAGCCCCCGGAAAGACCUCUACUGACGAAGAAGCUGCACAAACACCACAAAAGACUCUGGACGUAGACACGGCAGCCCGUCCAUCGCCUCUGGAGAGCGGAUCCUCCCCCACGCCGUCGCUCCCGCUGCACGCCCCGCCCCACUAGUCUCUGUGAUGGCUGUCGUCCAGCGUGUGAUUUCAAAAUGGGUUUUUUUUUCCUCCCAACUGGCAGCACAAAAGUCCUCGUGGUUGUCCUUUCGCUGCCCUUUUUGUGUCUGUGUCAUUGAGUGUUGUUCUCACACACACACACACACACACACACACUUUAUAAUCCGCCCACAAACAUUGUAUCAUGUUUACAAAAAGGAUUUGAUCGUCAUGAAAAACCUGAACGACGACAUUGUAAGGACAGUAAAACAUGUAUAAAAAAUGCUUAAUUAAGACCUGAACCUGGAUUUUAAACUGCGUGGGAGUUCCUGAUUAUAUUAAAUCAUUGUGAAGCCAGUUUGGUCACAAUUAUAAAGCAUCAAUCUUUUUCUUUUUUGUACAGUACUUUGAUACACUGUGAAAAGCGUUUUUUCAUGUUUCCAGUAGGUUUUGCUUUGUUUAAAAUGACAAAUAGCUUCAAACCUGAUUCCAACGCCAACAGAGAUUUCACUGGUCCCUCUGCCAAAUACUUUUUUUUCUGUACUUUUACUAAAUAAAUAUGAGUAAAGAUUGUGUUGAUAUGAAA